UCAUUCCGAUCGACUCCGACUGCUUGCCAAGAAAAUCGGUGGAAAAUGAAGACACGGUGGUCUCUCUCUCUCUCUCUCUCUGUCCCCGACCUCUCUCACUGUUUGCUUGCAGUUGCAGUUGCUGGUGUUGUGAGAACUAAGUAAUCGGCAAUCGAAUAACACCAGACAAUGCUAUAUCAUACGCCCACCGAUUAUUCCUUCAUACAUUCGUAAACCCCAAGAAACCUCCGAUUAAACCAAUCGAACCACACCUCCUCCAUCCCAAAUUCUCUCUCUCUAACAGUCCACGCGCAGAGACAGCCAAAGAGAGAAGAGUGAGUGAGAGUGAGGGUCGGAGCCAAUGAAGCUCUCGGUGCUACAGCAGAGUUACAUGAACCGGCGCGGCAACAGCUUCAGGUCAUCUGGUCCCUUGGAUUCGUCUUCGGACGCUUCCAUCAAGUCCCCCUCUUCCAUAAUUUGGCUCCUAUUCCACGGACUUUGCUGCCUCAUUAGUCUCGUUCUCGGCUUCCGCUUCUCCCGCCUUGUCUUCUUCUUCCUCUUCUCCACUUCCCACACCACCAACCUCUACAACUUUCCGUUUCGCACAGCCUCCGAGCUCGCCCAGAGCCUCACCGUUUACUCCACUCCGAUCACCAAUUUCAACUCCCCCCUGGGUAGUAACGCUACUACUACCGGCGGUAGUAAUAGCCGAGUCGUCGUCGGGAGACAUGGGAUCCGAAUCCGGCCGUGGCCGCACCCGAACCCUGUCGAGGUCAUGAGGGCGCACCAUAUCAUCGAGACGGUCCAGAAGGAGCAGAGGCUCCAGUUCGGGGUCAAGAAUCCGAGGACAGUCAUCGUAAUCACGCCGACCUAUGUGCGGACGUUCCAGGCGCUGCACUUGACCGGCGUGAUGCACUCGCUCAUGCUGGUCCCGUAUGAUCUCGUCUGGAUCGUGGUGGAGGCCGGUGGAGCUACCAACGAGACCGCUUCGCUUAUCGCCAAGUCAAGGCUUCGGACUAUCCAUGUUGGAUUCCGUCAGCGGAUGCCGAUUUUGUGGGAGGGACGGCACCAUUUAGAGGUUCAGAUGCGGCUUCAAGCUUUAAGGAUUGUGCGAGACAAGAAGCUGGAUGGGAUUGUGAUGUUUGCAGAUGAUAGUAAUACGCAUAGCAUGGAGCUCUUUGACGAGAUUCAGAAUGUCAAAUGGGUUGGUGCUCUUUCGGUUGGUAUACUUGCGCAUUCGAGUGAUACCGAUGAGUCCUCGGUGUCCUUAUUAGAGAAAGACGAGGAUGAAGAUGACGAGAACCCAUCAAUGCCUGUUCAAGGUCCUGCUUGUAACUCAUCCAAUCAAUUGGUUGGUUGGCACACCUUCAAUUCCAUACCCUAUGUUGGGAACAGCGCCACUUACAUUGGUGAUAGGGGGGUUGUGCUGCCCAGGAAACUUGAAUGGGCUGGGUUUGUACUGAAUUCCCGGUUGCUUUGGAAGGAUGAUGACGGCGGGCCAGAGUGGGUCAAUGAUCUAGAUACAUUAGCUCACAAUGAGGAGGCCAUAGAGAGUCCAUUAUUUCUGCUAAAGGAUUUUUCUGUGGUGGAGCCACUUGGAAGUUGUGGACGUCAAAUCUUGCUCUGGUGGCUCCGAGUUGAAGCUCGUGCUGAUAGCAAAUUUCCUCCUGGAUGGAUAAUUGAUCCUCCUCUGGAGGUCACUGUCCCAUCAAAACGUACGCCAUGGCCGGAUGUUCCUCCUGAACUCCCAUCUAGUGAGAGGGAAGUGACGGGUGUCCAAGAGCACAUAGUGAAGCAUUCUUCAAAGACUCGAACAUCCAGAUCUAAUCGCUCUCGAAGUAAGAGAAAGUAUCAUGACACAAAGAUACUAGACACACAGCUUCCUGUGAUGGAUUCUGAACAAAGCUGAAAGAUGAUCCCGGACAUCUCAAGAUAAUACGAUACUGUGUGAAUUUAAGACCACUGGUCUCUCCGCUUCAAAAAAUUUGGUUGAUAUAGGGAAAAAUGCAACGGGUAAAUACCUGAAGGCAUCGGUUACACACGCAAUCCAUCCGAUCUGAAUUCCAAAAUCCUGCCAGAGUUUUGCAUUUUUUUCCCUUUUUAUUUUACUUUGUUGGGGGUGAUUGAUAUUCUGGACUCGCGAAAGUGGUGUUUUCACUGGAUCAUGAUGAGUCUCGUGUUUGUAGAAAGCUUGUAUCAAAUAGGCUUUUAAAUCGUGUACACAAAUAUUUUCUAAGUAGGAAUUAUAGAGUUGCGUUCGUUUGGAUCUCUGAAAAACGAGACCAAAUACAAUAAAUUUUUUAAUUCGUUCCAAAAAAGUGUCCUUGCCAUUGUACUAACUACUAAGCCAUUGCAUGGUUUUCUUCGAAA